GAGCUCUGGGACUGCGGGCUGGCUAGAGGCAUAAAGACCACCGUAAACAGGAGGGCAUCGUAGGAGCACCUGAGUCACAGCUCCCCACCCCAUCCCAUCCCCUCUCCUGGGGCCACUGCUCUCACGCACCUCACCCACCCUCCAACCACCACCAAGGAGGAAGUAUCUAGAGACACAGCCGAUAAGCAGAAGGUCAUCUCCACCAGAUUGGGACGCGUCAGCCUAUGUCUGCAGCUCUGCAUUCAAUGCAGCUGUGUUCUGGGUGUGUCUGGACCACCACGAGUUUGCCCCUGACAUGUGUGUCAUUCUGGACAGGCAGCCGGACAAAGCUUGAGGUGUGGGCGGGCCAAUGCCUCAAGCGAAGAACACAGCGCCCCUGGCCCCAGGGCCUCCCGGCAGGGCCCAAGGCCAAAGACUGUGGGCCUUGCCGUCCCCCGCUCUGUGCUGUGCCUGUGGCUUGUGCGUGCUACUGGCGGGCCUGAACGUGACCUUGGUGGGAGCUUUCGCCACCUUCCUGCCCGGGCACAACGCGCCGCUGAUGGUGGGGCCAGCGCUGCUCGUACUGGCUUUUGGCUUCUUUGCUGCCUGCUGUGUAUGCAGCCGCCAGUGCCCGGUGUCCCGCGCGCGUUCCCCAGCCACCAGCGGGCGUCCAGGGGCGGUGGCACUGGAGAUGGAGAGCAGCGAGCGCACAGCGCAGGACACGACGGCUGUGCAGCUCAGUCCAGCUGCCUCUGCAGCAUCUUCCAGCCGCUCCAGCCCCGGCCCAGGCCUCUUCGUCCUGGACCCUCCCGCACCUGCAACCACUGCUGGCUACUUGCCACGGCCGACCGAAGGGACCCAGCUCAACUUCCCUCCCAUUCCGGCUGCCUCCUAGUGAGUGGACCAGACGAAGGAGGAGGAAGGGGGAGGAAGGACAAGGAAUGAGUACCAGCGGCCUCAUC